CCAUGGAAUCACGCUUCACCCGUGGCAAAUCCCCUCUGCUGGAGCGCCCGCUGGGCCGCCCGCGGGGGGAGGUGAGCCUGAGUGCCUUCGCCCUCCUCUUCUGUGAGCUGGUGCAGUACUGCCAGCGCCGCGUCUACUCGGUGGCCGAGCUGCAGUCCAAACUGGCCCAACUGGGCCACCAAGUUGGCCUCCGACUCCUGGACCCGUUGGUGAGCCGUGAGCGGGGCGGGCGGCGUGAGACCAAAGUGCUGAGCAUCCUCCUCUUCGUCAAAGGCCCCGUGUGGAGGGCGUUGUUUGGGAAGGAGGCCGACAAGCUGGAGCAGGCCAACGACGACGACAAGACUUUCUACGUCAUCGAAAGGGAGCCUCUGGUCAACACCUUCAUCUCCGUGCCCAGGGAGAACAGCACGCUCAACUGUGCUGCCUUCACAGCUGGUUUGGUGGAGGCAGUGCUGGGAGCCAGCGGGUUCCCGGCCAAGGUGACGGCGCAUUGGCACAAGGGCACCACGCUGAUGAUCAAGUUUGAGGAGGGGGUCAUCGCACGGGACAAGAGCCUGGAGGGACGAUGAGGGGGGUCCCGGUGCUUGGAGGUGUCCCCCGUCCUCACGUUGGGACACUCGCGUUGUUACGUGGCUCUGUAAAUGGUCUCUUGGCCCAUUGGGUGACCUUCAGCAUUGGGUGUCCAUCAGUGGUGUCCGUUGUCCCUCCUGGUGGCCCUUGGAACUACUUGGGGACAUUGGGACCCAUUGAUGUCACUCAGCACCAUCCAUUGUUCUCCUUUGGCUUCGUGUUGAGACACUUGAUUUGGUUCAGGUGCAAUAAAUGGUCUCUUGGCCCAUUGGGUGACCUUCAGCAUUGGGUGUCCAUCAGUGGUGUCCGUUGUCCCACCCGGUGGCCCUCAGCCCCUCCUGGGGACAUUGGGACCCAUUGAUGUCACUCAACACCAUCCAUUGUUCUCCUUUGGCUUCAUGUUGGGACACUUGAGUUGGUUCAGGUGCAGUAAACGUUCUCUUGGCCCAUUGGGUGACCUUCAGCAUUGGGUGUCCAUCAGUGGUGUCUGUCGUCACUCCCGGUGGCCCUCAACCCCUCCUGGGGACAUUGGGACCCAUUGAUGACACUUAACACCAUCUACCAUCCAAUUUGGUUUCAUGUUGGGACACUUGAUUUGGUUCAGGUGCAAUAAAUGGUCUCUUGGCCCAUUGGGUGACCUUCAGCAUUGGGUGUCCAUCAGUGGUGUCCAUUGUCCCUCCUGGUGGCCCUUGGAACUUCUUGGGGACAUUGGGACCCAUUGAUGUCACUCAACACCACCCAUUGUUCUCCUUUGGCUUCAUGUUGGGACACUUGAGUUGGUUUAGGUGCAGUAAACGUUCUCUUGGCCCAUUGGGUGACCUUCAGCAUUGGGUGUCCAUCAGUGGUGUCUGUCGUCACUCCCGGUGGCCCUCAACCCCUCCUGGGGACAUUGGCACCCAUUGAUGACACUUAACACCAUCUACCAUCCAAUUUGGUUUCAUGUUGGGACACUUGAUUUGGUUCAGGUGCAGAAAAUGUUCUCUUGGCCCAUUGGGUGACCUUCAGCAUUGGGUGUCCAUCAGUGGUGUCCAUUGUCCCUCCUGGUGGCACUUGGAACUUCUUGGGGACAUUGGGACCCAUUGAUGUCACUCAACACCACCCAUUGUUCUCCUUUGGCUUCAUGUUGGGACACUUGAAUUGGUUUGGGGUUCAGUAAACAUUCUCUUGGCCCAUUGGGUGACCUUCAGCACUGGGUGUCCAUCAGUGGUGUCUGUCGUCCCUCCUGGUGGCCCUUGGAUCUUCUUGGGAACAUCGGAACCCAUUUGUGUCCCCCAACGCUCUGCAUUGUUCUCCUUUGGCUUCAUGUUGGAACACCUGCAUUGGUUUGUGUCUCAAUAAAAGUUCUCCUGUCCCAUUGGGUGA